AGCGCGCAUGUGCGCACGUAGCCUUUCAGCGCGCGCGCCAGCCUGCGCCGCCAGUUGCUUCCCGCGCCCCGCGCCGCGCCCCCACCCCGGCCCGGCCCGGCCCGGCCACCAGCCCCGCUGGGCGCCGCAGAGAUGACGGAUCCUUUCUGCGUUGGAGGCCGUCGGCCCCCGGGGUCCAGCAAGAGUGGUCCUGGGAAGGAUGGCAGUCGAAAGGAGGUCCGACUUCCAAUGCUGCAUGACCCACCGAAGAUGGGGAUGCCAGUGGUCCGUGGUGGACAGACAGUGCCCGGCCAAGCCCCUCUCUGCUUUGACCCAGGAAGUCCAGCCAGCGACAAGACAGAAGGGAAGAAAAAGGGGCGGCCAAAAGCCGAGAACCAGGCCCUCCGAGACAUUCCUCUCUCCCUGAUGAACGACUGGAAGGAUGAGUUCAAGGCACACUCGAGGGUGAAGUGUCCAAACUCGGGGUGCUGGCUGGAGUUCCCCAGCAUCUACGGGCUCAAGUACCAUUACCAGCGGUGCCAAGGGGGUGCCAUCUCAGAUCGGCUUGCCUUCCCCUGCCCCUUCUGCGAGGCUGCAUUCACCUCUAAGACCCAGCUGGAGAAACACCGGAUUUGGAACCACAUGGACCGACCCCUGCCUGCCUCCAAGCCUGGGCCCAUCAGCAGGCCGGUCACCAUCAGCCGGCCCGUUGGGGUCAGCAAGCCCAUUGGAGUGAGCAAACCUGUCACUAUUGGCAAACCCGUGGGCGUCAGCAAACCCAUUGGCAUCAGCAAGCCAGUCUCUGUUGGCAGACCCAUGCCAGUCACUAGGCCCGUGCCGGUCACCAAGCCUGUCACAGUCAGCAGGCCUAUGCCAGUCACCAAGGCCAUGCCAGUCACUAGGCCUGUGCCAGUCACCAGACCCAUCACAGUCACCAAGUCUGUGCCGGUCACCAAACCUGUACCUGUCACCAAACCCAUUACGGUCACAAAGCUUGUGACAGUUACGAAACCCGUGCCGGUCACCAAGCCGGUGACAGUCAGCAGGCCCAUUGUGGUCAGCAAGCCGGUGACAGUCAGCAGGCCCAUUGCCAUCAGCAGACACACACCGCCCUGCAAAAUGGUGCUGCUGACCAAGUCGGAAAACAAAGCACCUCGUGCCACAGGGAGGAACAGUGGUAAGAAAAGGGCUGCGGACGGCCUGGACACCUGCCCAAUUCCACCCAAGCAGGCCAGGCCAGAGAAUGGGGAGUUCGGCCCCUCCACCAUGGGCCAGAGCUCGGCCUUCCAGCUGAGUGCAGACGCCAGCAGUGGCUCCUUGUCGCCAGGCAGCAGGCCGUCGGGGGGCGUGGAGGCACUGAGGGCUGCAGGCCCUGCGUCCCCACCUGAGGAGGACCCCGAGCGCACGAAGCACAGAAGGAAACAGAAAACACCCAAGAAGUUUACAGGGGAGCAGCCAUCCAUCUCAGGGACCUUUGGGCUCAAAGGCCUGGUCAAAGCUGAGGACAAGGCCCGAGUUCACCGCUCCAAGAAGCAGGAGGGUCCAGGCCCUGAGGAUGCCCGGAAGAAGGUGCCAGCCCCCAUCACUGUCAGCAAGGAGGCACCAGCCCCCAUGGCCCACCCAGCUCCAGGUGGCCCUGAAGAGCAGUGGCAGAGGGCCAUCCAUGAGCGCGGGGAAGCCGUCUGCCCCACCUGCAACGUGGUCACCCGGAAGACGCUCGUGGGGCUCAAGAAGCACAUGGAGGUGUGUCAGAAGCUUCAGGAUGCACUCAAGUGCCAGCACUGCCGGAAGCAGUUCAAGUCCAAAGCUGGCCUCAACUACCACACUAUGGCCGAGCACAGUGCCAAGCCCUCUGACACCGAGGCCUCUGAGGGGGGUGAGCAGGAGGAGCGCGAGCGGCUGCGCAAGGUGCUGAAGCAGAUGGGACGGCUGCGCUGCCCCCAGGAGGGUUGCGGGGCUGCCUUCUCCAGCCUCAUGGGCUACCAGUACCACCAGCGGCGCUGUGGGAAGCCGCCCUGCGAGGUGGACAGCCCCUCCUUCCCCUGCACCCACUGUGGCAAGACAUACCGAUCCAAGGCCGGCCACGACUACCACGUGCGCUCGGAGCACACGGCCCCUCCCCCUGAGGAACCCACAGACAAGUCCCCCGAGGCUGAGGACCUGCUGGGUGUGGAGCGGACCCCAAGUGGGCGUGUCCGCCGCACGUCGGCCCAGGUGGCGGUGUUCCACCUGCAGGAGAUAGCAGAGGACGAGCUGGCCCGCGACUGGACCAAGCGGCGCAUGAAGGAUGACCUUGUGCCCGAGACCGCACGGCUCAACUACACUCGGCCAGGGCUCCCCACGCUGAACCCCCAGCUGCUAGAGGCAUGGAAGAAUGAAGUGAAGGAGAAAGGCCACGUCAACUGUCCCAAUGAUUGCUGUGAAGCCAUCUACUCCAGUGUGUCCGGACUCAAGGCUCAUCUUGCCAGCUGCAGCAAGGGGGCCCACCUGGCGGGGAAGUACCACUGCCUGCUGUGUCCGAAGGAGUUCAGCUCUGAGAGUGGCGUCAAAUACCACAUCCUCAAGACCCACGCAGAGAACUGGUUCCGAACAUCAGCAGACCCACCUCCCAAACACAGGAGCCAGGACUCAUUGGUGCCCAAGAAGGAAAAGAAAAAAAAUCUGGCAGGUGGGAAGAAGCGGGGCCGAAAGCCCAAGGAGCGGCCCCCAGAGGAGCCUGUGGCCAAGCUGCCCCUGCGCCGGGACGACUGGCCUCUAGCAUGCAGAGACAAGGGGGCCCGGGGCUCCGCUGGCCGGAAGGUGGGAGCCAGCAAGGCGCCUGAAAAGUGAGCUUGGUGGGUGGGGCCUGGCCCCCAUGCAGCUGCCACACCGCCCUCUGUUCAAGGCAGGGCUAGCUCCGGGACCUCUGUCCUCCAGUUCUCCAUCCCCCACCCCCACCUCUUCAUCCGUCCAGUGGGGGCAGCCAGCCACUCUCCCUGCCCUGAAGGUGGCCCUUCCCCUGUUAAGGCUGCCACAGGGCACACCUGGGUUGGGGCUCCCCAAGGUGUGUCCAGCAGAAGUGCAAUAGCCGGGAGGGUUGCCCCUCCCCAUGGGAAUGUGUCUGGGGUCUUGGUGCCACAGGGGCUGCAGUGCAGAGCAGGCAGAUGGCCUUUGGCCUCCGGGCUCUGCUUCCUCAGGCCCUGCCGGGUCCCCACCCUGGCUCCCUCAAGGCUCAGGCAUCCCUGGUGACCUGUGGUUCUAGGCUGGUGAGGGCACCUGAGCGACUGGCAGCCGGCAGCCACCAUCCUGGCCUCACCUCCACCCAACACUGGAACUCCAGCACCCCCAGCUACCUCCCAGGACAGACCCCCGUCUGACCACUGCCAUGCUGACCCGACAGGCUCCUGCCUGCCCUUGGCCACCCACUUGGUCCCCCUGCUUCUGUUUUCUACCUCUCCAGGGCUGCCCCCUACCCCAUCCCUGCCGCUCCUCUGUCAGUGUGAUCCCUGCUGUGCUCAGGCCCUGCCCCACAGGCCUGUCUGUGCUCCCAGCUUGGGGUAAGGGAGGGUUUUGCUUCUUGCACCUACAGGGCAGCAGGAGCUUGAUGCCCUUCAACACAGCUGCCAGCCCUGGGAAUGUGGGGCCCCUGGAGUGUGCUCUCCCUCCAGUGUUCAGCCUUCUGGCACUGCAGGCCUAGGUUGGAGCAGCCUCAUGGAGUAGGGAUGGACUAGUUUGGGCUCUGGGGUCUUCCUGGGGCCCACGGGCAUGUGGGGUAGGAAGCUGGGCAGAGCUGGCCUGGCUCUGAGUGGCCACUGGGGGAAAGGCAGCCUUCUGUCUGGCAAUCUGGGUAGGCCCAGUGGCCCAGCUCUCAUGGGAGGCCCCUCCCCACUUUUUUUUAACCGGCCCCCGUUGUUUCUGGUCGUGUGGUCUGAUAUGGGAACUGAAGGCCAGCCAGGGGAGGGGUCGGCCAAAGUCACGCAGGCUGAUGGCAGCUCCAGAGUUGUCUUUGCCCCCUUUGUGCCCCGGGGGACGGCUGGGUCUACAGGUUGGGCAGGGGUCAGGCAGGGAGUCCAGGGUGCCUGGAAGAGGGGGCCACAGCCUGUGGCUGCCUCCCUGGGGUCCUGCCUUCCAACCACAGCGUUGCAGGGAGGACGAGGCUCUGAGGGGGCAGCUUUGGAGGGAGGCCGUUUUCCAGGGUGGGUGGGAGUGGGCUGAGGGCUCAUCCCCACUGACCCUGGACGAUGUGAAUUUUGAUGUUUGCCCGUGUGCGUGUGUCUCCUGGGUGUAGUGGAUGCCAGUCUUGUUGCUGUGACAAGUAACAACCUUUUUUUUAAAUUGUUUUUUAUACAAAAACUCACAAUCUGACAUUUGGUGCUAAGGGUUUCCUGGUGCAGACGGUGGGCCUGGGGGUUGGGCUGGGCCAGGGCGUGGGUCUCUGGGCUUUGGGUCCCUUGCUGCUCAGGGAGGCAGUACUGGGCACUGCCUCUGCCCCCAGCACCCACCCUCACCCAUCCCCCAGGGAGAAGGGGCCCCACUGGGCUCGGCCUGCAGUAGUAGGGAGACAAAUUCCAGGAGCACUUUGGGGACUGGGGUUGCAGUACACUUCCUGUCUCUGGCUUUAUCCUUGGGCCAGAAGGCUCUGACCCUCAGCAGCCCUUGCCAGAUGUGCUAGGGAGGGGUGUGGAGACCUGGACUCCCCCACCCAUGCACACCUGGGCCUGAUGAGAGGAUGGAGGCUUGGGCAGAGAUGGGCGUGACCCAGCGUCAGAGGGUCGGGGGAGGCUCUCCUUCCUGUGUCCCAGAGCUUCACUGGUGCAGCCUGUGGGGCUGGAGGUGGAGGGUGGGGUCUGACAGCUUCUGCUGGGGCAGCCUCGGGAGGGGAGGGGAGGGGAGCAGGCACUGGGCAGGGGCCUAGGUGCACUUUGUCCUUGCCACCAAUGGCGGGAGGAGGGUGGACCUGAACACCUCUGCAAGGUGUCGCGCGCCUGCCCCAGCCUCUCAGGUACUUGGCCCUUGGGGAGGAGAGAAGAGGGUCUGGUUUUUGCUGGGGGUGAGUUUCUGGGACACUCCCAAAGCCCACAGAUAAUCCCUGGUGUGGGAAGAGGAGUCCUGGAUACCUUGAUGCUUAGCACUUUAACCCCCUUUGUCUUUAAGGUAGGCGUGGGGGCUCCUGUCAGAAGUGGCUGUUGGGUCUGACCCCUCCUUUCUUCCCUCCCUCUCCCACAUGCUGGUCUGCAGAGCACUCCUCCCAAGGGGUAGGGCCCUGGGUGGAGCUCAGCAGGGUCUGCCCACUCCCUACGCUGGCCCACAUAGGCCUCCAGGAGCCCUCAGUGAGAGGGACCAGCAUAGCAGACCCCCAGAGGGUGGUGGGCGCCGGCCCUGCCCGGGACCCAGUCGGGCCCUUUCUGCAGCUCUACCUCUGGCUCAGCGCACGCCCCCUGCCCUGAGAACAGGAAAGGGCCCGGAAAGGCUGACUCACCGAGCCGACACUCAACGAAAAUGGGAUGCACUUUAUUUGCUGGUGCAAAGGCAGGUGAGGGUGCCUCCUGUGUGACCGUUGACCCUCCUGCCUGGUGGCGCUGAAGGGAAGGAGCCAGUGAGCCUGACCCCGGGAGGGGCCGUCCCCGCGUGCCCUGUUUGGCGGGCCCCAGGCGGCUCCCCCAGGCCGGGGUCUGGGGCCCCAGGCUCUCCCCUGCCUCGCGGCCGCGCGUCCUGUGCUUUGGGUUUCUUGGUUUGGGUUUUUUAAUGCCAGUUCUCAGUACAUAAGUGCAUUUUGAAAGAGGUUCCAGCUAUCACUUGUAACCAUAUAUAUAUACAUAUAUAUUCUAUCUACAAAGUGUUUAUUUGCGAGAUGUUUCGACGGUGAGUUCGGGCCCCGCCCGCCUUGUGACCAUCUGUCCCCGGUCCUCGUCCCCGCCCCGCGCCCUGGUCCCGAGUGGCGUGCGGACGGGCCAUCACUGUAUGUAUUAAAAUGACUGUAUCAAAUAAAUGUUUAUUGAUUUUUUUCCA